UUCAAUUUCCCACUUGUAGCUUUUUUCUCUUUGUUUUAUAUAUAAAGGUCACUCCAGCUCCUUGUUCCACUGCAAAACAAUGUCGCCUUUGUCUCUAUUGCUUUGCUUUCUGGCCUAUUUUUCUCUCUGCAAUAGUUAUGCUUCUGCUGUACCUCUUGAUGGAGAACUCCCAAACGGACAUUUCGAAGAAUCACCACAUCCUUCAAAUUUGAAGAAAACGGUGAUCAUCGGCAAGUACUCACUCCCAAAGUGGGAAAUCAGCGGCUUGGUGGAGUACGUCAAAGGUGGACCCCAACCAGGCGGUUUCUUCUUCAAUGUGCCACGUGGAGUCCACGCAGUGAGACUUGGCAACGAGGCCUCCAUUUCUCAGAACGUGAUUGUUAGCCCGAGUUCAGUUUACUCCCUCACUUUUGGGGCUACAAGAACUUGUGCCCAGGAUGAGGUUUUAACAGUCUCAGUACCUGGUCAGUCUGCUGAUCUCUCCCUUCAAACUGUCUUCAGCAGCAAUGGUGGUGAUACUUAUGCUUGGGCUUUCAAGGCUAUGUCCAACGUUGUUAAGAUUACAUUACACAACCCUGGGGUUCAGGAAGACCCCGCUUGUGGGCCGCUACUGGAUGCUAUUGCAAUCAAGCAGAUGCUUCCUUUCAACUAUACAAGGGGUAACCUAGUGAAAAAUGGAGGGUUUGAAAAAGGCCCUCAUGUGUUUAAGAACUUCUCAACCGGAAUCCUCAUCCCUCCCAAGGUGAAUGACCCGUACUCACCACUGCCUGGAUGGAUCGUUGAAUCCCUGAAGCCUGUGAAGUACAUAGACAGGAAGCAUUUCGCAGUUCCUCGCGGACUUGCAGCCAUUGAGUUGGUUGCAGGGAGAGAAAGUGCAAUUGCUCAAAUUAUUAGAACCGUCCCAAACAAAUCCUACAACCUUAUCUUCACCAUUGGAGACGCAAAGAACGGUUGCCACGGAUCGAUGAUGGUCGAAGCCUUUGCUGGCAAGGAAACCCUAAAAGUUCCUUUUGUGUCUGCAGGAAAAGGUGGCUUCAAAACUGCAAUUCUCAAGUUCCAAGCAAAUUCAAUCAGAACAAGAUUAACAUUUUACAGUGCCUACUAUCACACAAAGCUUGAUGACUAUGGCCAUAUGUGUGGCCCCGUCUUGGAUAAUGUCAUUGUUUUUCCAGUCGCUUGACAUUAAUUAUGUAACACGGAUAUCUUUUGUUAGCUCUAUAUUAUUGUUAGAGAAGAUCUUGAAAGGUGAGAGUGUGCGUUGUUUAUUUCAGUAUACAUUUGGUUCUUCAGUUUUAUGUUUUGAGCCAUUGAUGGGUAUGUACUAAUCCAUAUGAAUAAGUUUACAAAUGCUCA